AUGGCUACAAUCGAACAAGCGUCGCAUCCGACACCCUCUCCUCCCUCAUUAAAUACUACAUGGAGUAAAAAGGACUCUCCCUCGCCUCCAAAGUCUCAAUGGAAUACAAAAGACCUAGGUCUACGCCUAGGCGUGGACGUCGCGAGUGCUGCGGCUGCCGGCGCGCUGACUUGUCCGCUCAUUACCAUCAUUGACCGAGCAAUCAUCGAAAAAGCCUCAAAAGGCUUCCCAAUCCAAAACACAAUCAAAUCCUGCCUUAAAUCCAUGAUUUCAAAACCAUCCUCAUUCUUCUUGGGCACCCCUUUCCUCCUCAUAUAUACCCUCUACAGCUCAACCUACCUUACCGCCAACGCCAUCGACACUAUAACAUCCACAUACCGCAACCAACCUUACGACACUGUUACCCCGGGCCCGGCUAAAUUUAUUUCCACAACAACCGUGAACAUGGCCAUCUGCGUCUACAAAGAUGCGCGCUUUGCGAAGAUUUUUGGCGCGCAGCAGCAGCCGCAGCCGCAACCGCAGUCGCAACCGCAACAACAAAUGCAAAGAUAUCCAUUCCCGAAAUCAACACAACAUACAUCCCUCCGCCCUCCACCUCCGCCUCAACCCGCAGCAUCUGGUCCGAAAAUUCCCCUGACAAGCUACACCCUCUUCUGUCUCCGUGACAGCGUAACGAUCUUCGCCUCAUUCAACGUGCCUCCAUUAAUCGCGCCCUCAAUCCCGGAUUUCAUCGCCUCAACGCCCGCGAUGAAAGCCGCCGUCGCGCAAUUCUCGUGUCCCGCCCUGAUGCAGUUCUUCAGUACGCCGAUGCACUUGCUCGGUUUGGAUUUGUAUAAUCGGCAACCAGUUGGUGGUCUCAGUGCCGGGGAACGCAUUGCUAGGAUCCGAAGGGAUUACGUCCCUUCGUGCUUUGCGCGCAUGGGCAAGAUCGUUCCCGCUUAUGGUGUUGGUGGUGUCGUUAAUGUGAGGCUUCGGGCUGUGCUCAUGGACAAGCUGGGUGAGAAGGAGAAGGUUCUGUCUUAG